AAUUAACCUGAUGACAAGCAUUCGAUACUAAACUAUCAGAAAAAUGGCGCUUGCUGAAGUUUGCGGUCUCGAUAAGUUUGUUAAUUUUAAUGCUGUGCGCGAAAAAGAUCAGUUUUCGCAAGAAAUCGAAGCGUACAGUAGAAAUUUCGUUAACAAUGCACAGCUGGCUGUACCGCCUUAUUUAAAUCCUGCAGAAACGUUGGGUAAGUUUGCCGAAGGAACUGACGAAACUGGAAAACACUUGAAAAUUAAGUUUGAUCAUGGAACUACCACAUUGGGUUUCCAAUACCAAGGUGGAAUUAUUCUUGCUGUCGAUUCACGUGCGACUGGUGGUCAAUUUAUUGGUUCAUCCACCAUGAAGAAGAUAGUAGAAAUCAAUGAUUAUCUUCUUGGAACUUUGGCUGGAGGUGCAGCUGAUUGUGUCUAUUGGGACCGUGUUCUAGCUAAACAGUGUCGUACAUAUGAAUUAAGAAAUAGAGAACGUAUGUCUAUUGCUGCAGCUAGUAAGCUGUUAUCAAAUAUGGUAUAUACCUACAAAGGAAUGGGAUUAAGCAUGGGAAUGAUGCUUGCUGGGUGGGACAAAAGAGGACCUGGUCUGUACUAUGUUGAUUCAGAAGGUACUCGUACCCCAGGAAAAGUUUUCAGUGUAGGAUCAGGAUCAAUCUAUGCAUUUGGUACAUUAGAUUCUGGCUAUAGUUGGGAUUUAACUGAUGAAGAAGCUUAUGAACUUGGCAGAAGGUCUAUUUAUCAUGCUACCCAUAGAGAUGCUUACUCUGGUGGUAUUGUAAGAGUUUAUCACAUGAAAUCAACUGGUUGGGUCCACAUUUCGGAUGAAGAUUGCAAAGACCUCCAUUACAUGUAUCAAGAACAAAAAACAAAAGGAACUAAUUAGUAGCAUUUAUGAUUUACUGCAUUCUAUUAAAUGUUUUCUAUAAUAAAAUUCAUUUCUAAUAUUAAAAAUGAUUGCGUUCGUCAGCA